CAGCGUGAAGUCAUCAUGAGAUUCGCUGGCCGAAUUCGGGAUCCGCUUGCGGGGUUUUGUUUCUAGAUGCGGCGUCCUGGAUCCUGGGGAUCGUCGCCCGGGAGUUGGAGGGACGAACGAUGGAAGAUUCGAAGACAUUCAGGAAGUCGGGGUCGAAAGUCUCUGCGCUGCCAUGAUUGUCUCACCAAGGGCUUGGCUACCUUUUUCUUGAUUGGAAAUUAGAGGCUUGCGUUCCCCAGAGCUGGACCGGCCUCCAUAGGGCGUCCGACCGCAACUAUGUAUCAUCUGGCCAAGUCUCUAUACCUCUACGCUACCAGCAAAGAGGAAUACUCCGUCCUGCUCCUGGGAUUAGACAACGCGGGGAAAACUACGCUCCUAUCGCAAAUCAAGGCCCUCUAUCUACCCCGUCCCGAUGGCGCCGCUGCUCCCAACCCAGGCAAAACCGUGCCUACCGUCGGCCAGAAUGUCGCCACGAUCCCACUACCGGACAUGUACCUGAAGAUCUGGGAUGUGGGUGGUCAAAUCUCGAUGCGAAAUCUAUGGCAGAGCUACUACUCUAGUUGUCACGCCAUCAUCUUCGUCGUUGAUAGUACGGACGUAGGACAAGAUCCAGACAUCACCCGUCUACCGUCGAAUCGGAAACCAGGUUCGCUGUCGGGCCCAUCCGCGCCCGGAGGAGACACUGUUACCGAAGAAAUGGCAGGGAUCAAUGCGCCGGGAAGCGAGUUUGGACGUCUGGACGAGUGUCGCCAGGUACUGGAAUCGGUGUUGCAACACUCCGAUGUGGCUGGAGUCCCUAUUCUAGUGCUAGCAAACAAGCAAGAUCGGGAAGACUGCGUUGAAGUUGUCCGCAUCAAAGAAGGGCUUGUGCGCAAGGUCUUUGAGGGUGAAUCCGGGGGCGGAGUCCGCGAUAGCCGCGUGUUGCCUGUCAGUGCCUUGAUGGGUACAGGGGUUCGGGAAGCAGUCGAAUGGAUCCAAAGUCGAGUCAAGUGGAAUAAGGAGGGACGACCUCCCAUUAUGAAAUGAGGCUCGUGAUAGCAUGCUGGUGUGAUUGCAGGGCGCUGCUGGAUGCCACUUGGAUGCCAGCUUGGUCAGGACCAGCUCCUCUCGGCAGCGGAAUGUUGAUACCCUUCUUUUUGGGUGAUUGAUUUUGUUUUGAUUUGGCGCUGGAGGACUUUGUUUAUACAAGAUACCUAGAUAGUUCUGUGCAUACAUUGAUUGCAUCAACCUUCCG